CGAUGGAGUCGAGCGAACAGUCGCGCUCUGAUGGUCGCUGUGUAAUGUUGUCCGUCAGGAGCAGGUUUUGACAGACGGAUAGCUGAAAUAAUAUAUAUGACAAAUCUCGCUAAGUGAUUGUGAUAAUGGAUUUAUGAAUCUGAUUACGGAAACUUAGACAAGGAAACAGCAUAAUCAUGAAUUUCAAAACGUUUCAUAUCCCACUGGCUGUCCUAUUAGCAUUCCUGCCAAACGAAAUCGCGUCGCAGGACAACGUCUUGCCCUCGCGACCUGGGGGAUUGCUUGCGUCCUCAGGGGGUCCUGUGGAUGGACAUGCCGCAGGACCUGUAGAUGAGGUAGUUCAGCUGCAGCCACGAGCUGAUGACGUCGGAGGAUUCGUUAACGGUCCUACAGGAACGUCUAUUCUGACCGAGGAGAGACAGCAGGACUUGGAAGGCGCGGCGAACGUGAGAUACGUGAAUGGACCGACGGCAACUUCAGUGGAGGCCGAAGAGAACAGGCAGACCGCUCGUGGCCAAGACGCCUUCGUCGGCGGUCCAGAGGCCGCGCCAGGACAACCUGAGGAAAGCCAGCCGCGUCAAGGACCUUUCGUCAACGGCCCUACAGGGACGUCUGUUGCUGUCGAAGAGGGGCUGCGCCUUCCGGAGGAGGGUCGCGUCGUCGUCAACGGUCCGACGGGCAUCUCGGUGGAGGCGGAGGAGAACCAGCAGAGGCUUGGCGAAGACGAGAUCGUCAGCGCCGUCAAUGCUCAGAAGAACCGAGGGAGAAUAUCGACGGACCCUGAAGAAGCCGAAGUCAACCAAAAGAUACCUUCCGGACUCUACCAUGACACCACAGACUGGUCAACGGAUUCCAAGUACUGGAACUACAAGGCGCACGAUUGGUCCCUGGUCUACCUACCUGACAAGGACCAUCCAAACCUGCCCUCACACGAGGUCCCGGGGCCUUCGCUGGUCGUCGUCACCGAAGACGUCGUGAAAAAGGUGUACCUCAGACGAAAGGUGUCUGGCCUGAGUAAAGUGCUGUUCCACUACCGUUAUUUCCUCAGCACUGGUGAAUACCCUAAUGGGGUACCUAGUCUUAAGGUGUACCUUGUCCAAGAAAACACCAGCAAAGUUAUUGCCGACGAGGAGUCACGUGGAGCCUGGCAGGACAACAAUAUCAAUCUGGAUGUUUCUGGAACUUUCGAGAUAAUUUUUGAGGGACGGUUGAUGAAAGAAGGUAAUGAGAUAGCUGUGGAUGACAUCACAAUCCGUGGAAUAGGAACCGGCGAUGCAGAGGCCGCGGAAGCGGGCUCGGAUGGCCAGCAGGAAUCCGAGAUAGAAUCUUCAGGAACUGGUCCGGAUGAAGCUGGAGAGAAAAGAGAAGGAGCUGUGGAUGAGACCGUCGCAAACUCGACAGACGUUGGCAAUGAAACUUCAGGCGCUGGUGAUGAGGCCAACCAAGGUACCGCAGGGCCAGAGACUGGCACUGAAAUUCCUCAAAAUGUAACGGAAGAAGUUGAAGGGAGUGUGACGGAGGCACCGGUCAUCACUGGCGAAUCAGAAGUAGAAAGCAAUGCCACUGAUAUUCCCAUAGGUCUACCGGAAGUUACCGAAGGCGAGGGGUUGAACCAAGGUACUGAAAACAGUUCAUUAGUCACAGUUUCCGUUGAUAACAUCUCGAGUGCUCCAGGUAAUAACAGCCUAAUAGAUAAUACCACUGAGUCUGCGCUAAACGAGACAGCAACCAUCAGUCCUGCAACAGAUAGUGUCGAGAAUAAUACUGCUGAAACGUCGCAGGAUCCCCUCGCAGUUAACGCCACAGUUGAAGUGCCGGGAAAUGAAAACAUGACUUUGUCAAUAACUGAUUCCCCUGUUAAUGCUACCGAACUUCCCGAGGCUAAUACAACGAUAACAUCUAACGGUACGACAUUUAUUAACGAAACGUUUAGCCCGAUUAACGCCACAGUAGAACCCUCAGUAGAUCCUCAGUUCACUCCAGGAGUUGAAGGUAAUGGCAGUGUAUUUUCCAGUACCCCGGCGACUAGCUUCCUUACCGAGUUUCCCCCACCUCACGGACCACCGACAGACAUCAUUACAGACCCAUACAGUCCCAGUAACACAACAGUAAUGAUGAAUUUCACUACCCCUUCAGGCAGCGCCAGCACAGCAUCGUCAGGAGAUGCUGCUGUUCUCGCUGGAGAUGAUACUACUUCGAGCUCAUGGGGAAUGUUCAAGAUCUUCCUGACUAUCAGCGUGCUGGGAGUGGCAGCUCUGGGCUUCCUUUAUUGGCGAAAACGCCGUCAACAAGAUGACGAAAUCCCUGUAUUCACCAGGUCGUCCCACGCAGACUACCAUAACCCGACCUUCUCACCGGAUGACGACUCCAGCUUUGCUUCACAAGGAACGAGGCAUAAUUAUAAGUCCUUUGAUUAAUCAGAGGGGGAUAGUCUUCCUAUAACAAGUCUAGGAAGGUUAGGCUACGGGUUAGGACGUUGUGAGGUUAUCAGGGAGUGCUGUACUUAGGAUGCCCAGUGGAAUUGGCUUCUGAACAUUUGAUUGGAAUUCCGUUGUGCCAUUGACCAUGACAGUGAGCCUAGUCACCAUGUUAUGCUCUGCACGAAAAAAAAAUAAUGAGUCUGUAAUGUCAUGGAUGUAUUUUUUCUUUCUAAAAACAGACAAACUGUGCCUCCAAACUAAGUUUAAGAGAGAGAGAGAGAGAGAGAGAGAGAGAGAGAGAGAGAGAGAGAGAGAGAGAGAGAGAGAGAGAGAGAGAGAGAGAGAGAGAGAGAGAGAGAGAGCGAGAGAGAGAGAGAGAGAGAGAGAGAGAGAGAGAGAGAGAGAGAGAGAGAGAGAGAGAGAGAGAGAGAGAGAGAGAGAGAGAGAGAGAGAGAAUGAGUGAGUGAGUGAGUGAGUGAGUGAGUCAGUCAGUCAGUCAGUCAGUCAGUCAGUCAGUCAGUCAGUCAGUCAGUCAGUCAGUCAGUCAGUCAGUCAGUCAGUCAGUGAGAGUGAGAGUGAGAGUGAAAUUGAAGGGAGGGUAGAAUAGGAAGAAAACGACGUGGGAGAGUGUGUGUCUAUGUGGCUGUGCCGUCAUUAUGUUUGUCAAUACUACAUAAGUGACAGCAUUAAUGAGUGAUACAAAUUAGUGUACAUAGUUAGGCAGAGAUGGUACUAGUAAAAAGAGAUAUUGUAUACAACUUUGUUAGUAUCAUUCUAUAUGAACAUUAUAACUGACUGUUUAAAUCAUGACUCAGAUUUUGUGACACGAUGGGGGGUCUAUGCAGAGGCCAGAUGUGAUAAUGACUGUUCGCUGCGAAAACUUUCAUGAAAAGUGAAAAGGUCAGCAGCUUGUGCUCCAUUAUUUCUAAGCGAGAGAUCGUGUCUCAUAAAAUGAAUGCCUCUAUAUAAAUAUGAUAUGUGUAAAUACAUAUAGAAAAUAUACGUGAAUGUCUAUAUACAACACACACACACACACACACACACACACACACACACACACACACACACACAC